AUGCAACUGCAUCCUUUAAACAAUGAGGCCAGUUUGACAUCACCCUCAAAUGCAAAUACAAGGUGCUAAUACCAUGAAUAUAUAUCAGAAAUAUAAUAUUGGAUGACCUGUAAUUAUGCGGUAGAUAGUAAAUAAUGUUAAAUAAUUUCUGUAAAUUUGAAAAUUACUGUAAUUGUUUUGUGAUUGUUUAAUUAAUAAUGAAAAAAUUUUGACAAGAAUGAAUAUAUAACAGGGGUCAAUUUGAUAAAACUCUUACAAGUGUAAUUUACAAGUGUAGCUAUUGUACUUUCUAAAAUUUGCAUAAAAAUAUGCCCACUGAUCUUGCCCAUUGAUCUUCAGUAUGCAGUUUGGAAUAAUUAUUGCAAAUCCACAGUGUGAGGAUCUUAAAAGACAUUUUUCUCACCUUUCUCAGUUGUAGUUGAUUUAAUUGAUCUGAAUCAUUUCAGCAAUAGUGGCAAAUGGGGAGAUGAGGAGAUUGAAUUGUUGCGGAAUGCAGUAAAAAGAUUUGGAGAAGAUUUAAAGAAGAUAAGUGGUCAGGUCAAGAACAAGUCUGUGUGAGUAUUUAUUAUUUACAUAAUUUAUUUUGUAAAACAAAGGGGGAAUUAAUUUUUUUAUAUAAGAUCAAGAUUGAGUCAUUUGAAACCUACCAGUAUUUCCAUGAAGCAGAACUUUAUUACUUAAGGAAAUGGAAUUUUAGUGAUAACCAUCAUGAUAGAUAAAAACCCACAUCAUGGAUCUUACUGUGCUGCCACAGGGCAGCUAUCACUAAGUGUCAGGCACCGGGAAUCUCCGCCAGCUACCAGGAGCAUGAACCCUGGCUACUUUCAUGAAAAACAAAAGAAAAAUAGAACCAAACGAUCUUCCUAGCUAAGAUUCAAUUCCCCUCCUUCUCAUAGACCUUUCCCGCAUUACUGUAUCUACAAAGGCACCAACUCGAGACUCGGGUGGACAAAAUCCAGUGAUUUGUAUGAAAUUGUCUACCGAGCCUUGUCCUCAUUUCUUUACGUUUUCUUGUGAACUGGAGCAUGAUGCGGGAAAGGUCUAUUGCAUCUACCAGGCAACUUGAAAUCUUAGUGACAGUGUGUGCUAGUUGUCAUCACUGCAAUUUGGUUUACAUCCUAUUUGCCCUUCUUUCCUAAAUUAGAGCCCAAAUAAAAUCUGCGCUCAAAAAAAGGCUUCAUGAGCAGGAGACCUCCUCACAGAAUGUGAAAAAAACCAAGGAAAAGACCCAGGCACCAUCCAGUGAACCACAAGCUAAGAAAAAGAAAACAGAAGGUUUGAACAAUUCCAAUUUUAUUUCAAUUUCCUUUGUAUCCACUUCACCCAUCACUUCAGUUUAUAUGAAUAAUUAUAUUUACACACUGGCAGUGUGUGGCUGAAGUUAAAGCCAGCUGGAAAUGAUCACAUUACCAGUCUUGAAAAAAUAAAAAUAUUAAUGUCUCUGGGAUUUUUUCCUUACAAAGCAAAAGCCUAAGGCCUGAGUAAAGUGAGGUUUAUAAGCAUCUCAGAAUUCUUUUGUUUCAUGUAUAGAUCACUUAGGCCAGUGGAAUCUUGGCUGGCCUUAAUUUACAGAUAUGUUGUGCUUCAAUUUUAUAUUCCUUGGUUUAAAUUUUAUUCUUCAUUGUUUUAAACUGCCAUACCAAGAACAAGAGGAAGAUAAAGUUUACAUCAGGGAUAAAUCUAAACCACAACUUGCAGCAAAACCAUACCAGGAUAAAUCUAAACAAAGAAUUCAGCAAUUCAGUCAAUAUACUAUGAAAAAAUUACCAUAUCAUCGAUCUCAAGGGGCUACGUAUGUUAACUCAAAUUUUUUUGAACAAAUACUGAUCAAAACCAUUGGCAGCUUAUGUAGCUUGUUUCUGAUUAUUGCUUUUUAAAUUCCAUUAAAUUAACUUUCGAAAAAAAAGUUACCAAAAGUGCCAGCCUAGCAUUAAGCACAGUGUAGCUAGCUUAGUGCUGACUUGUAAACAAUGUUUUUGUUCUUUUAAUUACACCAGAUAGUGACUAAAAGUGGCUCAGCUACCCUGAAAUGUUGUUUCUGUGCAAAAUUUCUGAGGGCUAAUGUGUCAGCUAGUAAAUUGCUCUAGUUACAUAUGUCCUUAUAGGUUUUUGUGGCCUCAGUGACAAAAAAGCUGGGACUCCUAAGUUUCUUUUGGCCUUGGCUUUGAGUGUGCUAUAAUAAGAAGGAAAAAAAGUACAAUUUAUUAUUGUACUUUUUUUUCCUCCUUUUCCUUUAUUUUCUAUAAUUUACAUGACUGCAAUCUCCUUUGCAGUCCAAUCAAGCUCUGAAGAUGAUCAGCUAUCCUCAGCUUUUUCCCCUGGUCCCAUACCAAGUACAACGGUUCCUGUAACCGACUUGCUUCCAGAAGGCAGCUCACCCCUCAAGACUGUCACCAAUGGUACAGAAAAUGAUGUUGAUAUUGUCGGCAUUUUUGAUAACGGACAAGACACUGUUUUUCCAGAGAUGCCUGGAGGUAAUGUUCUCAGUUAAACCUGAAUUUCUUUAUUUUCCUUUUGCUUUAAAAUGCUAGUAGUCAACUCUCUUAGAUAGACAUUGCUAGUAUCUGCAUUGUACCACUAUAAAGUGUUCAUGUUGGAGAAGUGUCUGCCUGGUACAGAGUCAAGGAAAAGGACCAGAGAACAGCAACUGACCUGUUGUAGGUGUCCAAUUUAGGAAGGUUUCUGACCUUUUAAAAUACACGUCUCAACAUUAAGAGAGAGUCGACUGUUGAUACAUAGGUAUUCAUGUGAUCUGACUGUGGGCAGUUCACCUGACUAAUAAUAUUAUUGGCCAUGUCAUGUGGCUUUCCAGAAGGCUUUCUGUAGUGGCUAGAGUUGCUGUCCAUUUCCAUUUCAAGUAUAAGCAUAAUAAGAAAAGAAAAAGACUUGGAUGGCAAUUUUUGUUAAAAAGUUGCUGUCCAUUUCCUACAGAUCAAAUCUUGUAGGAAACAUGCUUUGAAAAUAACUGCAAAUGGCUGUUGAGCUAAAAGAAAACUGCAGAGUUUCUUAAAUUUUCAUAAAUUAUGAUUGCCAAUCUAAUGACAGUUAGUGUUCUUUGCAAAACAUAAUUGUUAGAAACAUUUGCAUAUGGUAUUGAGUAAUUUACUCUUUAAUACUAUUAAAUAAAAUAUAGGGGCAAAAAAGAGGCCACAGUUCAUUUGUAUCUUUGCGUGCACAAUCACAAAAAAAUUUAAGCUUUCAAGGAAGAGAUUCACUUUCUUCUGCAACAGCAUUUAAAUUUUCCUCUUCAUCUCAGUUUCACUUUAUGUUUAUUGCAGCUUUAGGACCACUUGAAACCCAGAUUGCAGAUGAAAUCCUUUCCACAAUGUGACAGUAAACUCAAGGGGCAUUUUUGUCGCAUAACCUGAUGAUGUUGAAAAUGUCUGUUAUGUCCAUAGUAUGCUGUUCAAUAUUUAUUUUAAUCUGUAUUAUAGUGUACGUUUCAAACUAUUAUAACAUUUUAUGCUGUAUUUCUUCUGUUUAGGCUGACAGCUAGAACAUUCAAGCUAAUUUUUGUUUUAUGAGCAAUCUCAUAUUUUUCUGUAUAAUAAAAAAUAGGUUAAAUAAUGAGAAAUACCCUGUACCAGGCUCAUGGUCAGUGUAGAGGAGCAAAAGAAGCAAGUGAGCAGUGAAAUAGCAAAUGAGUGUAAAACAGCAGAAUGAUAAAGGGGAGAUCCUGUAGACAAUAUUUUCUAAAUGCCUCAAUCUGCCCACUACCCUGUCACUUCCUGAAAUACCAUUUCUCGGGUCAAAAUUGCAAAAUUUCAGGAGGAGCAGUGUCGGGGGGUUUCACAUGCUCUAAACAUGUUUGUUACACUCUGUGCUCUGUGAAGUCAAAUAAUAAUAUUGUUGAUUAAGUAAACUGUCACAAUUGAUCAUGACCAAUCAUAGCCGGGUAUACCAACAGCUGGUAUAUACACUGGAAUGAGGUAUUGAAAACAAUUCUUACAAGCUCCACUACUCUGUCUCUUCCCAGCCCUCACAUGGUUUUUGCCCAAUUUUUCUCAAUCCGCAUUUCUCGCUAUCUUGGAACCUGGAACAGGCUAAAUGGGGAAUUGCUUGCAUGGCUAACCAGCACCUGUGUCAAAGUUUCAAUUUUUCUUACUGACAUAGUAAAGAAAACUUAUUGUAUGCAAAAGAUAUCUGUUAUAAAAAAACAAACGACCUAUUCUCUAUGGAUUUUUUUGUUACUUUAGAACUCAUCAAGAGCUUCUUUUAUUGGUAUAUCAUGUACAUGUAAUACAGGAACAACUUUAUAAACACAAAUAUGUUUAU